CCGAGGUCCGAGCUGAGGGUCGAAGAGGUGCCGACGCCACUCCGGGAUGGACAGGGAGUGAAACUAUGUAGCCUUUCUAAGAGAUUUAUAAGAGGAUCCUCUCAUCUUACCAUUUCUCCAACGAAAAGUAUUAAAGGAAUAGAAACACAGCAGGAAGGAUGUCUACCAACUUGAGGACAGAAGCUCCCUUUGGCCUGUCUGAAGUCCAUAUGGCUCUGUAUGAUGAAGACCUCCUGAAAAAUCCUUUCUAUCUGGCUCUUCAGAAGUGGCGUCCUGACUUGUACAGCAAGGUGGCCCAAAUCCACGGGAUCGUCUUAGUACCGUGCAAAGGAAGCCUGUCAAGCAAUGUUCAAUCUACAUGUCAGUUUGAGUCCUACGUUUUGAUCCCAGUGGAAGAGCAUUUUCAGACCCUAAAUGGAAAGGAUGUGUUUAUCCAAGGAAACAGGAUUAAAUUAGGAGCCGGGUUUGCCUGUCUUCUCUCAGUGCCCAUUCUCUUCGAGGAAACUUUCUACAAUGAAAAAGAAGAAAGUUUCAGCAUACUGUGUAUAGCCCAUCCUUUGGAAAAGAGAGAAAGUUCAGAAGAGCCUUCAACACCCUCAGAUCCUUUUUCCCUGAAAACCAUCGAAGAUGUGAGAGAGUUUUUGGGAAGAUACACGGAAAGAUUCGACAGGAACAUUGCCUCUUUCCACCGAACAUUCAGAGAGUGUGAAAGAAAGAGCCUUCGUCACCACAUAGACUCAGUGAAUGCUGUCUACACCAAAUGCCUCCAGCAGCUGCUGAGGGACUCUCACCUGAAGAUGCUCGCCAAGCAGGAGGCCCAGAUGAACCUGAUGAAGCAGGCAGUAGAGAUGUACGUCCAUCAUGGUAUUUACGGUCUGAUCUUUAAAUAUGUGGGGACAGUGGAGGCAAGUGAGGAUGCUGCCUUUAACAAAAUCACAAGAAGCCUUCAAGAUCUUCAGCAGAAAGAUAUUGGUGUGAAACCUGAGUUCAGCUUCAACAUACCUCGUGCAAAGAGAGAACUGGGUCAGCUGAACAAAUGUACCUCCCCACUACAGAAGCUGAUUUGUUUGCGAAAGGUGGUGCAGCUAAUUACGCAGUCUCCUAGCCAGAGAGUUAACUUGGAGACCAUGUGUGCUGAUGAUCUGCUAUCAGUCCUGUUAUAUUUGCUUGUGAAAACAGAGAUCCCUAACUGGAUGGCAAACUUGAGUUACAUCAAAAACUUCCGAUUUAGCAGCUCAGCAAAAGACGAAUUGGGAUACUGCCUGACCUCAGUUGAGGCUGCAAUUGAAUACAUUCGGCAAGGAAACCUCUCCGCGAAACCACCUGAGUCUGAGGGCUUCGGUGACAGACUGUUCCUAAAGCAAAGAAUGAGCUUACUAUCUCAGAUGACUUCAACACCCAUUGACUGCUUAUUCCAGCACAUUGCAUCAGGGAAUCAGAAAGAAGUGGAAAGAUUUCUGAGCCAGGAAGACUGUGAUAAAGAUGCCAUCCAAAAGAUGUGCCACCCUCUGUGCUUCUGCGAUGACUGUGAGAAACUGGUCUCUGGGAAGCUGAAUGAUCCUUCAGUUGUCACUCCAUUCUCCAGGGAUGACAGGGGUCACACGCCGCUGCAUGUGGCUGCCCUCUGUGGACAGGCCUCCCUCAUUGAUCUCCUGGUUUCCAAAGGCGCCGUGGUGAACGCCACUGACUACCACGGGUCGACUCCACUGCACCUCGCGUGUCAGAAGGGCUGCCAGAGCGUGACGCUGCUGCUAUUGCACUACAAAGCCAGCGCCGAGGUGCAGGAUAACAAUGGCAACACGCCCCUCCACGUGGCCUGCACCUAUGGUCAUGAAGAUUGUGUGAAGGCUCUGGUCUACUAUGAUGUGCACACAUGCAGACUGGAUAUUGGCAACGAGAAAGGAGACACUCCCCUGCACAUAGCUGCGCGUUGGGGUUACCAGGGCAUCAUAGAGACGUUGCUACAGAACGGAGCAUCCACGGAGAUCCAGAACAGACUGAAAGAAACGCCACUCAAAUGUGCAUUAAACUCAAAGAUUCUUUCUGUGAUGGAAGCCAGUCGUCAUCUGUCCUUGGAAAAGAGGCAGAAGUCUUCUGAGGUCCCUGCCUCAUCCCCUCAACUCUCUGUGGAUUCCCUCAGCCAGGGGUCCUCCACCUCCAGCUUCUCCUCUGUGUCAGCGAGCUCCAGACAAGGGGAGACCCAGAGGGACUACAGGGAGGUAGAAAAACUUUUAAGAGCUGUUGCUGAUGGAGAUCUGGAAAUGGUGCGUUACCUUUUGGAGUGGACGGAAGAGGACCUGGACGAAGUGGAGGAUGCUGUCAGCACAGUGCAUCUUGAAUUUUGUCACCCCUUGUGCCAGUGCCCGAAAUGUGCUCCAGCUCAAAAGAGGCUGGCAAAGAUCCCUGCCAGUGGGCUUGGAGUGAAUGUGACCGGCCAGGACGGCUCCUCUCCACUGCAUGUAGCUGCCCUGCACGGUCGGGCUGACCUCGUCCGCCUCCUGUUGAAGCACGGCGCCAGCGCAGGGGCCAGAAACACAAACCAAGCCGUCCCGCUCCACCUCGCCUGCCAGAAGGGCCACUUUCAGGUGGUGAAGCAUCUGUUAGAUUCUAAUGCGAAACCCAAUAAAAAGGAUCUGAGUGGGAAUACUCCCCUCAUUUACACCUGUUCUGCUGGCCAUCACGAAGUCGCUGCUCUGCUGCUCCAGCAUGGCGCCUCCAUUAAUGUUUCCAACAAUAAGGGCAACACGGCACUGCACGAGGCUGUGAUCGAGAAGCACGCCUUCGUGGUAGAGCUGCUUCUGCUUCACGGGGCGUCCGUUCACGUCUUGAACAAGAGGCAACGCAGAGCCAUAGACUGUGCAGAGCAGAAUUCGAAAAUAAUGGAAUUACUCCAGGUUGUACCGAGCUGUGUCGCCACGUUAGAUGAUGUUGGCGAAACAGACCACGUGGAGUACGUUACUGUUAAGAUCAGGAAAAAAUGGAACUCAAAAAUGUAUGAUCUACCAGAUGAACCUUUUACACGACAGUUUUACUUUGUCCACUCAGUUGAUCAGUUUAAGGGAAGGACUUCAAGGGAGUUUAUGACAAGAGAUAGAAGUGUCCCUAAUUUUACUGAAGACUCUUUGCAUCAGCGAGAGAGGCAGAGAGGCGCAGUAAAACAGAGUAACCUAUCGGAGCAGAGCGGAGCUCAGACUGCUGACCAGGGAAGCAGUGACCGGCCCGAGAGGCCUGCACUGAAACAAGCUGCUCCCAGGAACAGGCGACUGCUCCGCAGACACACGGCGAACGAGGCCAUUGGAGCCAAGAGCCCAGAGACUGCUGGCAACCUAACCGCUCCCCAAGAGUCGACUGUCCCCCAGUCUCAACAGCAAUAAGGAAUUGUUCAGUAUGCUGCCAAAAAGUGAAUACUCCACAAGAACAUGCCAAGCAUGAAUAUGCUUAGAACUAAAUGUACCUUCAAAUAAGUGGCUUCAGAGAGUGUAAGUCUUCAGUAGAAAGUUCCUGAAAGCUUUUCUGUAAGACAGUGGCUGAGGGAAGAGUGCAACAAAAAAAUAUUAUCACUUCUUUCUUCUUCGAAGCUAAUGAAUGCACUUGAAAAGGAAUGCCAAAAGUUCCAAGUGUCCAGAUCCUUAAGUCUGGGGUGCAUUAUUCUUUUUAAGUAUUAGGGUUCCAUGGUUAAAAUGAGAGAUUUCAUCACCAGAUCCUUAAAUCUGGGGUGCACUAUUUCUUUCUAAGUAAGAGGGUUCCUUGGUUACAAUGAGAGAUUUCAUCACCAGAUUCUGACCUCCUUCUACCAAAAGGUGCUAGAUCUGUGAUGUGUAUAAAUUAGCCAACUGCAAGCUACAAGAAUUUGUCCAUCUGGGAUAAGCUGAAGAGACGCAGCCCUAGGUUUCGUGGGACUGCGGUGGCCAGGCAGAAAAGUCACAUCUUAGAUCCGGGAGACUGUUCCUUCACACAGCAACACAGGCACCCAAAGAUGCCUAGAUGCCGUCUGGAUGUUCAUUUUGGUGAAACAGGCAUCUUAGACCCAUCCUACACCCUUUAUAUGAGAAAAGUUGAGUAUAAUUUUUCUUCCAACAGUGUAAGUAGAUAUUUUGUCACUGCACAUAUGCACCUGUAGCAGUAUCUCUGGAAACAUCCCUUUCCGUUAAGAACCUCCCUUAAAUGUCACCCCUGAAGGAUGGUUAUUGAACUAGAGGGUAGAUUUGGCACAUCUUUUCUUAGUCUUUUGAUUCAAAUUCGAAAAUUAACAGCACAACCAGGUUAAAGUUACUUUAAGUUAGAAUUUAUCACCAUUUGUUUUUAUAAAUUUCUAUAGAUAAUACUGUUAUUUUUUUAUGUUAUUAAUUGGUCUGGAGCAACAAACAUGGUUUUUUUCUGAGUACAUUUUCAAAUAACUUUGUAAUAGAAGUUUUGUGCAUGUUCUUGGAAAUACUUGUGUAUGUAUAGAAGGGAGGGGCUGAUUAUUUUUCUACAAAGUAAUUUAUGAUUUCUAAUUUUCUAAUGUUCCUUGGAUAUGUGCCAAAUGAUGGAAAAGAAACAGUAAACUUUAUGAUUCUUCAGUG